AUGGCCGACUGUCGCGUCACUUGCCGCUUCCACUCCACAUACAGGACUCGCUCGAAGAUCGUGCGUUACAAGCGCACUCCCGGGAACAGGCUGACGUCCCUCCGCGUUAAGAAGCUGCCGAAUGCCCCCCAUUGCGCAGAGACCGGCAAACAGAUCCACGGCAUUCCCCGUGUGAUCCCCCAGCACCUCACGCGCCAGCAGCGAAAAGUCUCGCGUCCCUACGGCGGCAAGCUCUGCGGGUCUGCGCUCCGUGCUCACAUCUUGGAGUCGUUCCUCAAUGAAGAGAACCAGGCUCUGAGGGAAAUCGCCGCUCAGACAGCUAAGACGGCCAAGCAGACCGCCGGCAAGGGGCAUGCGAAGUAA